AACCCAGUGCAACCGGAGACGUGUAGCCUUGCUAGCCCGCUAAUCACAUAAACACUAAAACUGAGCGUCUAUGAUUUUUUCUCCGAAUAAUAAAUAAGUUUAAUUAGCAAGUAAACUUAGAUUUUACUUGAUUUAUUGUAUAGUCACUGAGCUACAUAACUUAUGCCGGGUUGUAUUCCCGGGCGAAAACUGGUCUGAGUUUCAACUCAAGGAUUGGUAAUGGAGGAAUUUGCUGCGCCGACCCCCUUCUCUGCGUGGAAAUGAUUAUAACAGGCUCUGCUACAGCGCAGGGAUACUCUUAAAACACGGAACACAGAACUGGACUUCUGAACGCUCCCAAAUCACACAUACACACACAUACACACACACACACACACACAUUCAAACACAAAAGAACUGUUGAACCCUUUCUUGUGAACUCCUUAUAAAGAAAGUCCUUUUUUAUUUUUUUUGGACGGACAAGGCAGACAAGCGAUCACUACUUUUACUACUUUUUUAUUUUUAUUAUUUCUGCACGUGCACACACACACUAAAAGACCAUCACCAUGCCGAGCUCAACUAUUCGCAGGCAGAUGAAAAAUGUAGUGAACAACUACUCGGAGGCGGAGAAGAAGGUCCGGGAGGCCACCUCCAACGACCCCUGGGGUCCCUCCAGCUCGCUCAUGUCGGAGAUCGCCGACCUCACCUACAACGUGGUGGCCUUCUCCGAGAUCAUGAGCAUGAUCUGGAAGCGCCUCAACGACCACGGCAAGAACUGGCGGCACGUCUACAAGGCGCUCACCCUCCUGGACUACCUGAUCAAGACGGGCUCGGAGCGCGUGGCCCUGCAGUGCAAGGAGAACAUCUUCGCCAUCCAGACGCUCAAGGACUUCCAGUACGUGGACCGCGACGGCAAGGACCAGGGCGUGAACGUGCGGGAGAAGUCCAAGCAGCUGGUGUCGCUGCUGAAGGACGAGGAGCGGCUGAAGGGCGAGCGCUCGCAGGCGCUCAAGACCAAGGAGCGCAUGGCGCAGGUGGCCACCAGUGUGGGGAACAGCGGCAGCAUGGGCUUCGGGCGCGGCUCCAGCCAGCCAAACCUGUCCACCAGCUACUCGGAGGAGUACGGCCGCUCUGAGGGGUCGCCCGCCUCCUACCAUGGAUCGCCAGAGGGACCAGUGGGGACUGAUGAGGAAGCUUCUGCAGCCACGUCCCCUAAUGCGGGCUCGGAGCUGGAACAGGCGCGGCCCCAGACAAGCGGAGAGGAGGAACUCCAGCUGCAGUUGGCCCUGGCGAUGAGCCGAGAGGCAGCCGAACAGGAGGAGCGAAUGCGACGCGGGGAUGACCUGAGGCUGGCGAUGGCAUUGGAGGAGAGCAAGAAAGACAACUCCGGCAAACUGAUUAAGAAAAAGAAAGAGCCCCAGUCGUCUCUGAUGGAUCUGAUGGCCCCUUUGCCGGAGGGGGCUGCCGAUCAGGCAGCUGAUCCCUGGGGACCACCACCAGCAGGAGCAGGAGCAGCUGCAGCGCCAGACCCCUGGCAGGCAUACGGUGCUGCCCCUAAGCCAGCUGCCACUGUGGACCCGUGGAGCCUCUCUGGGCCCGGAGCAGGGGCCUCAGCCUCUGCCUCAGUCACCCCCAUGAAGAGCGCUGACCCCUGGGGGCCAACUGCUGCUCCUGCAGCUGAUCCCUGGUCUACUGCUGGCCCCAAAGCUUCUGCAACAGGAAGCUUCGACCUGUUCAGCACAUCAAACGGUACUUCCAGAGAGGACCUGUCCGAGUUUGACAGUCUCCGCAACUCGGCAGCAGCUGGCGACCGCAAAGGCAGCUAUGGGCUCCCCACAUACACCAGCAUGUCUGGCAGUCCUGACCUGUUUGACAUGCAGUCCGGUGGCGCCCACAUGAGGAAAACCCCCGAGUCCUUCCUGGGCCCCAACGCUGCGCUAGUCAACCUGGACUCUCUGGUGACCAAGCCCCCACAGCUGCCGGCCCCUGGGCCCAAUCCUUUCCUUUUGACAGGAGGUGCUGCCCCAGCCCCUGCUCCUGCACCCCAGAACCCUUUCCAGAUCAACCAGCCGCAGCCCCCCACCCUCAACCAGAUGCGGGUCAGCCCCAUGCCCGGUUUUGGCGGCCUGUCCCAGCGGAGUGCUGACCCCCUGCCCCUCUCCUCCAUGGCUCCUGCUGCAGGCCCCGUCUCCAUGGCGCCCAUGGCCCCACUGGCGCCCAUGGCACCCAUGAUGCCCGCCAUGGGCAUCCCCAGCUCCAUGUCUCUGCCCCAGCCCCUUAUUAGUGGCGGCAUGCAGCCCGCCGGGCCUGCCGCCCAGGCUGGUGGUGGCGCCACCAACCCCUUCCUGUUGUGAGGAACACUCGGAGCUCUGUACGCGCCCCUUGAUUCCCUGACCCAUGACCCCAGACCUCUGUGAACCACACCCUAACCUGCUAAAGCCACCCUUUUACUCUCUCCCCAGCACCCCCUCUGAUAUGGUAUAGACAGCAUAGUCUGUUGCAUCCCCCUGGCCCCAGUUUUCCCCCUCUCUCAGCUCAGUCCAGACCAUUGUGCUAUUUGAAGACUUUUUUUGGAGCAGCAGCACUGGUGUUUACAGUUUUUACACAGGCAGGGGAGCUCUCUCUGUCUGUCAGAAGCAGGUACCAUACAUUGAUUUGGUAUUUCUUUUAUUUUGUUUUGAAUUUCGUUUUUUUUUUUUUUCCUUUUCUAAAUUUUCUCAAACCAUCGAUGAUAACUGUGUAUCUGUAGGUGUUAUUUCUCCCGCCCUCACACACUCUCCCUCUGAAAUGUGCUGCAGCUUUCCGUUAAGCCAGCGUUGAAUUCAAAAGGGGUACAGAUUUUCUUUUCUUUUUUUUUUUCAAAAAAAAUCUUGUUAGAGGGCUUCUUUUUCUUUGUAUAAGAGGCUUUGAAAUUCAAUAAUUAUGUUUUUAAUCGUCGUAUGAAAGCAUUGUAUUCACUAAAGCUAACCCUUUUUAAUCAAAGCAAAACUAUAUAUGUUCUACGUCAGUGCAUAUACACUAUGUGUAUUUACAGGAUACUUAGGUAGACACCGUAUAGAGAAACCCUAUCAGUUUACAGUGGUAUUGAUUUUAAUGUUCUACGCAGGGAUUUUGCACACGCUCUGAUUUAUUUACCCUUUUCCCUCUGAUACACUUUUCAGUUUUUUUUUUGUUGUUGUUGACUGUUGACUCACCAUUAGUCCUUAGCCUGAGGAAAACAAUGAUCAACUUCUUUGUUAGGAUGUGGCACUUGUACCAAGCGUGACUAAAAAUCCCUCGGCACACGCUGUGUGUUCGUUUGAUGAGGACUUGGAGGAAGUGUACGCUAGCAUGAGUUAGCAAGUGGCGUCCAAUAUCCGAAGUGUUGGGGUAUGAACUUCACAGUGAAGUUAAAAUGAGUUCUAUUUUCUUUUCUUUUUUUCCCCCUUUUUUUGAAUGCAUGUUAGGGAAUCGGUUUGCAUAUCCCAACGUGGCUAUACUUUUCUACAAAAAAAAAAGCCUCUGUUUUGCUACUGCUUGCAAUCCCGAGUGAUUGAGAAUGGGGUGAGUGGGUUUCUUUUCGAUUCAGUGCUACCGUAAAGCUCGACUCUUUGCACAGCUUUUGUUUCUACUUUUUUCUUCUCUUAAAAAGGUCGACUGUUUGACAGAGCUAAUCAAUACUAAUUUUUAGUAUUCAACUGCCUAGCUUUUCAUAAGGUGAUCUGUAACAAGUGAGUUAUCAAAAACAUUCUGAAAGGUUUCUUUUCAGUAAUCCUCAUUUUUAUUUAUAUUUCUGGAAAAAAAUAUAUAUUGUUGUCAUAGAAGGAACAAAGGGAAAUAGGGAAAAGCUGGUAUGUGUUAAAAGAAAAAUAUCAUCAGGUCCUAAUUCAUCUUACUCAACAUUAUUAGCCUACUAAUCACUCCUAUCCACUCCUACGGUUUAUGUAGCUGUAACUGUAUUUUGAGAAAGAAAUACAUGAAAUAAAAUGUAACGCUAGUUAGUUCAUGCCAUUACGACAAGAACUGAUUGGGGUGGAAAUCUCUUAAAUCAGUUGACGUGGUCAUCUUGCUGAUGUUUGUUAAGUGUAUGGGCCUUGGGACUUUCCUCUCUUUUAAACCGCUUACAGGAAGAAGAUUGGUAUGAUGAAGAGUUGGUGGGGGGACUCUGUUGAUAGAUUCGAUCGUCUUUUGUCUUUCUUUCUUUUUUUAAGUCAUGCUUUUCUCUUUCCGUUCUGUCAUCUGGUCCAUCAUGAAUUGUAAGUCUUAGAACUACCACCCCCCCCUUUUUUUUGUUUUGUUUUGUUUUGUUUUGUUUGUUUGUUUGUCAUUUCUGUACUGAUAUUUUAUGGGCAGAAGUGGCCCAUGUUUUGAUAUCACCACUUGCUCAUGGGCCAACACCCUUUAUCCUGAGGCUGUUUGUAUUUUGGUGGCUGUGAAAUUGACCUUGGUCACCAAGGCUCCUGUCAUGGGGUCACACUCGCGUGCAGUUAUACCAAAGGGCUUUGACGCUCACUAGCCUAUGUGAGAUGGUCACACCAUACACUAGAUUGCCUUUUGGAGUACAGACGCAGGCCCCAGGGACCUAACUUUUUUUUCCAUUCGGUCACAUAUGAACAGAUAUUUUAAAAAUCAGUUUGGUUUUUAUGUCUCUCCCUUCUCUCAAGAAACACGUCUUUAAUGUUUUUAUUUGACCUGAAAGCAUAACAGACAUUUGUGUUUUUUUUGUUUUUUGUUUUGCUCCGUUUCUCUGUUACAAUGUGUUAAUGAUGCAUUUAGAGAAGUUAUUCCCGUUACACCACUGUGGAAAAACCUACCGAUGCACCAUGUCAGUUUGGCACCUCGUGGCUAUGUAGUGUAAUCUUACAAGCACAACCCUCGCAACGUCUCUUAAGUAUCUGUAAGAAAAAGAAAAUAGCUACCAAAGUCAGAACCGUGAUUUUUAUUUUAAACGAGGUGCUGUAGUCUGAGAAUUUUCUAACUCCUAUGUAGAUGAGACGUUUCAUGGGCCCGAAUGACUUCUCUGAAAAUCACUGCCAAUUUACAACCAGUAACAUUUUUGUUUUCCAUGAAUUGUAAGCUAGUGGCCUCUACUGGAGCCGUCAUGGUAGUGCUGCCCUUAUACAGCUUAGCAAAAAUACUGGGUGUAAUCAUGACAUAGUGGAAGACGCACCAAGGCAUGUUGUUCUCCGGCGCCCCGGGGAAGGUAAGCUCUGUGCGGACAAUACUGUUGAUCCGUGUCGAGCAUAACACACACAGAAACAGAGGUGGACGUCUGACUUCAGAAAGUAAAAGUCCUACCAUGCAUUGGUUCUACUUGUGCACUUAACACAGGAGAUGUAAAAUAAAUAAAUAGGUCCUCUACCUGGAUGAGGGGUUCUGCUAACUAGAAUCAGCUGGUUUAGUGAAUUGUUACAAGAAUGAGGUAGAACCUCUACUUCCUGGAGUCUCAUGUCCACCAUUCCCCCUCAAAGCAAAUUAAUCCCUGCAGAGGAUCGUCCUACAGCUACACAACAGGCUGACUGCACUGUAUUCAAACUAUUGAAAUCUGUCAAUAAUACAUUGUGAUGUGACAUUUUGAUUUCUGCAGCAUUUCCUCUUGAAGUACAAACAAAAAUAUGCAUUGCUCAUCCUGGAACCUCUUGUUUUGGAUGUCUACCUGUGUAUCACUUAUUUCUGUUACAGUGUAUUAAUUAUGCAUUUCUUGUGGUGAACUAACCUUGUGAACAUGCAUAAACACGUUUUAUUUGAUUUUUCUUUCCCCCUUCCAUGUUACUGUGUCUGUAUAUUUACCAAACCGUUUCAUAUUACUGGGAGCAGGCUGCUUUUUUAUGGAUAUGUGCUCGACUUGUUGGCAUUAUAACUGUAUAAUAUAAUUUAUCAUUUGUUCUAUUGUAACAUAUUGUUCUGUACCUUAUUUCUGUGUAAUGGUUUUUGUAGGAAAGUCACAUGGGACGGUGUGAUUUGUUUUAAUGCCAUCUAAAGCGCAGCAAGCGAUCAAGGACCUGUAGCUGCAAUGGUAAAAAUAAAAUGUAUCACUCA